AUGGCAGACAACGAGGAGGCCGACUCUGACCUAGCCAAUGCUUCAGAGGUCUCCGUAAAGUCUCCAUCCGCAGCUUCGGGAGUUGAAUCGGUUCGUUUGCCAAGCCCGGAGAACGCGGAACCAUCGACUGUGUCAGAAGCAGCAUCGGAAGUCCUGCCCUCGGCACCAGACAGUCCUCGAGGUUCACCGAGAGCCAACAGAGUCCAGCAUGAACCCAUAGAGGAGAAGGUUUCCAAGAGCCAGGAAGAGUUUGGCAAGUCUCGAGAGAACAGCCUGGACAGCAAGAAGCCUUCCCUCGGUCAGCUCGCUCAGAGGAGCAAAACGACGAAGCUGUAUCGACAGUGUCAUCGUCGGUUCAGAGAGAUGAUCGGCAAACGCGAGCUGAGGAACAUCGAGCUGGAGAGGCAACAGGGCGAUCUGAAGCAGCGGCUGAACGUGUUGGAGUGUUCGAUGCCGGCCGUGAUGGUGUGGAACAUGUGGAGGAUGUCUCGGGCAGGCUGUGUUCCUGAACUUGGACGAGCCUUGGAGAGGCAAUUUGAAGGUCCGGCAUCGGGAGAAGCGUGCUGUCCGAGCACACCGAGCCGGCACUUCGACUGCAGAGUGAGGGAAGCGGAGGCUGAGAGGAAACAGGCGCUGAAGAAGAUGGAAGACGCCAGGGCUCUCUGGGCGGAGAAGGAAGCCGCGUUGGAGGACAGGAACAGGAAGCUGGUAGAAGCCAAGAGGCUGCGAGAGGACACCGAAAUGAAGAUCGGACAGCUGACCGCCGAGGUUCAGAAGCUCAGACAGGCCGCCGUCAAAGUUGAGGACGACGGAGCCUGCGAGGGUUAGUUUCUCAACAUUUCUCACGGCGCGCAGAAACAAAUAAAAAUAUCAGAGGCAGUGUUGUUUAAGUAAUGUCGUUUUUCGAUAUUGUACAAAAUUUUAUUUCAUUUAAGAGUUUUAA